ACAAUACCGCGGAACAAUAGGAGGCCUGACGUUAGAAGCAAGUGCGCGUAUUUACUACGUCCGUGAGAAAAAUUUAAUGAGAAUUCUGUGUGCUCCCGAAAAUAAUUAUUUUGUCGUGAUUCACCACCGUAUAAAUUCUUACAUUCUCGCCCAAAUGAUGGAGGACCAAGAAAACUUUAUUUUAGAAAAUGCAGAUUUUAAUGAUAACGUCGUAACUUUGCGAGAGCUAUGUGAAAGGCGAAAAAUAUUAUUACAGAAGAAGAAAGAUAUAUUAAAUAUAUGCAACUAUCAAAAUAAAGCUGCAAUACAACCAGUGACGACACCUUUGUCUCAGAAUCAAAAUCUAACACCAGAGAUACCUUUGUCUGAGAAUUUAACAUCCGAGUUUACUACACUUACUACGAUUUUGGACCCGCCAGAAUCGAUGCAAAAUGUAGAUUAUAAUAUUCCUACAUCGAUUAAAUCUAAUGAUGUAACAGAAAAUCACAAUAAUGACAUUGAUUUUACGUCUCAUGACAAUUUUUUUGACAACUUAUCAGACAUUACAAACUUAAAGUCAUUAUCACCAGAAUGUACAGAGUGGUUUCCCGAAAGGGAAAUAGAAGAAAAUGAAAAAAAUAUAAAAAAAACGCAAAGGAGAUCAAAAUAA